AGAAAAUUUAUUACGAACUGUUGCGCACACACCUUUUCAUAUAAAAAGCUGCAAUAUAUAUAAAGGCAAAAAAAUAAAAAAACACUGAAAAGUAAAUACGAUAAAAAUAUAUUGAAGAAAAAAAAGACAAGUCGCGCAAAGUGUACGUAUAGAAAAUAAAUGAAAUAAAAUCAUAAAAAUAAAAGCAAGAUAAGAAAAAACACAAUAAGCAAAGAAAACAAGCAACAAAAUUUAGUGAAUGAGCUCACACAUUAAGAAAAAAGUGGCAAAAAUAGCAAAACAAACAACAAAAAUGCAAUAGCUUAGGAAAAAAAGGAAUAAAAACGCCAGAAUUCAACACUAAUUAAAUAUCAAACACAAUUUUAUUAAGUAUUUCAAUAAAAUUUAAAGUGUUUUUUUAAAUUUUUCUUUUUGUUUAUUUACACAAUUUGCUUUGUUUAAAAAAAAGAAGAAAAAAAAAAACAACAACAAAAUUAAGAUUUAAAAACGAGUGCAAAGGAGUGAGCCGAAAAAAAGUAAUUGAGUAUGUUUGCUUAAAGAAAAAGUGCAUUACUGUUAAAAAGAAGAAGAAGAAUUUGACAACACUCACACUCAACCACACACGGCAAAAAAUUACGAGUCAUCAAUUAAAAUUUGUGUUUCCUUAAGUUUUUUUUUGUGUUAAAUUAGAAUAUUUUAUUCUAUUUUUCUAUAGUUUUCUUUAAAUUAAUAACAAAUUAUAUCUACAACAUCCAAACCGUGCAAUAUAUAUAAAAGAAAAACAAAUAAUUUGUUCAAAAAGAAAUUACAAUAAAAAUCUUUUAAUCACAUCAUACCGCCCAGUGUUUUUUUUUUAUUUUACAAAAUUAUUUUACUUCGAUUUUACACAAAAAUUCAAAAUUAUUAAAAAAAAUAUUUCUCUAAAAAGAAAUAUAUUUUCUAAAAAUAUAUAUAAAAAAUAAAAUAUAUUACGAAUUAAAGUGCAUUUUAAGGUGAAAUUUAUUUAAAUAUAAAAUCUACAUUAUAUUUAAAAUAUUUUCUUUAGAAAAAAAAGAAAAAAAUUCUUAUAAAAAUUAACGUGUUUUUGGAUAAAAAAAAUCAAUUUUUUUAAUUAAUUUUAACCAACAACUGUUCUACAAUUUAUGCUUAAAUGGAUGCAACAUCUAUAAUAACACAAGUCGCCCGCGAUGAUGAACAAUUAAAUGUUUAUCCCAAUGAAAAAGAUGACGUGGAACGUUUAAAACCACAAAAACGCGGUUUCUUUCAAUCAAUUUUAUGCUGUUGGCGGCGUAAUCGUACAAAAACAAAUCAAAAUGGCACACCCAUUGAUGGUUCAACAACACCGCCACCAUUACCGGACCAACAAAGGUACCUACUACCUCAGGUUAGGCAUUCGGAUAUGCACAAAAAAUGUAUGGUUAUCGAUUUGGAUGAAACAUUAGUGCACAGUAGUUUUAAGCCAAUUCCAAAUGCUGAUUUUAUUGUACCAGUUGAAAUUGAUGGCACCAUUCAUCAGGUGUACGUUUUAAAACGGCCCUAUGUUGAUGAAUUCCUUCGAAAGAUGGGCGAAUUAUAUGAAUGUGUAUUAUUUACAGCAUCACUAGCCAAAUAUGCAGAUCCUGUUGCCGAUCUGUUAGAUAAAUGGAAUGUUUUUCGUGCAAGACUGUUUAGGGAAUCAUGCGUUUAUUACAGGGGUAAUUAUAUUAAGGAUUUAAAUCGUCUUGGACGCGAUUUACAAAAAAUUGUUAUUGUUGAUAAUUCACCAGCUAGUUAUAUAUUUCAUCCAGACAAUGCGGUUCCUGUGAAAUCAUGGUUUGAUGAUGCCAGUGAUUGUGAGCUAUUGGAACUAAUACCUUUGUUUGAGAAAUUGAGCAAAGUCGAUUCUGUAUAUAGUGUUUUGUGCAAUUCAAAUAAUCCCUUAAACAAUCACAAUCAACAACAACAGCAGCAGCAACAACAAACACAGAACCAACAGCAACUGCAGCCAACACCACAACAUCAACAACAGCAGCAGCAACAACAGACUAUAACAGCAACAACUAUUAUAACUCAAGCUUCAACAUUAUCCACACCAACAAUAUUAACGUCACAGCAACAGCAGCAGCAACAACAACAACCAGGAAGUCCGCCCAAUACAAAUGAUUUAAACAAUAAAACGUAACAUCAGUGGGAAUUAAUGUUUAUAAAUAUUUAAUUUUCAAUAAUUAAAAGAAUAAAAAAAAACCCACUUUUAUCUUUUUUGUUUAAAAAAAAAUUAAAAAAAAAC